UUCAUUCUCACUAGAAAUUCUUCUCAUCUAUAUACAUCAUAAACAAAAUAUAUGGCUUUAAAGAGGUCAAAAAGACAGCCACAAGGCCAACCUUUGGCUCUCAAAAAAAUCAUUAAGAGAUGUUCAAGCUUUGGAAAGAGCCAUGAUAAUGAAGUUUGUCAAGAUGUUCCUAAAGGCCAUUUUGUGGUUUAUGUAGGAGAAAAUAGAACAAGGUAUAUCAUUCCAAUAUCAUGGCUAGAACAUGGCCAAUUUAAGGCUCUUCUUCAACAAGCUGAAGAAGAGUAUGGCUUUAAACAUAAUAUGGGCAUUACUAUUCCUUGUGAUGAAGCUGUUUUCCUUUCUAUUGUUUCUUCUUUGGUUUAAUUCAACAAGAUUGUAGCUCAUGUAUAGAUAAUCAAUGGUUUUUUUCAUGGUUCUUUGAGCCAAGUUUCCAAAUGUUAAUGAUAAAUUUUUUAUUGGGUUUGUACACAAUAAGAGCUGCAUAAGAGGAGAAUUGACAGCAAAAAAAUCUG